UAUUUGAAUUGUUUAGAGUAACUCGAAAUAAUUUAGUCUACGCCUUUACUCUUCAUGUCCACUCCACUGUUAUGUAAUACUUCCCUUAUCCAAUCCUCCAUGCCCACCGUCCUCCGCCCUCCCUCCUCCCCACUCCGCCACCACCACGGCGGCCGGCGGCAUCAUCGCCACCACCUCUUACCUUCAUCACCCUUUUUCCUUCCCCUAAAACCCCUUUCAUUAUCUCCCUCAAUAUCCCUUUACACCCCCUUUUCUUCAUCUUCCACUUCACCCCAACAACUUCUACUCGAUUCCCUAGAAAAUCAAGUUGAUUUCGACAAUUGGGACCCCGUUUCUGCUUCUGGGGUUGCUGAAAGUUUCAAUUUUGACGAUUCUUUUGAUUCUGUAGAGUUGAAGAAGUUUGAAACCCCAGCUAUUGAGGUGAGGGAAUUAGAGGAUAUACCUGAUCAAUGGCGUAGGGCAAGAUUAGCUUGGCUUUGUAAAGAGCUUCCUGCUCAUAAGACGCCUACUAUGGUUAGGAUUUUGAAUGCACAAAGGAAGUGGUUUAGGCAAGAAGAUGGGAGUUUUGUUGCUGUUCAUUGUACGCGAAUUCGCGAAAAUGAAGCUGCUUUUAGGGUUUACAAAUGGAUGAUGCAGCAACAUUGGUUUCGAUUUGAUUUUGCUCUAGCUACAAAACUAGCAGAUUUCUUGGGAAAGGAACGAAAGCACUUGAAGUGCCGGGAGAUUUUUGAUGACAUAAUUAAUCAGGGACGAGUGCCUUGUGAAUCUACAUUCCAUAUUCUCAUUAUUGCCUAUCUUAGUUCAUCUGGACCAUCAGUGUUAGAUGAAGCAUGUAACAUCUACAAUCGCAUGGUGCACUUGGGAGGUUAUAAGCCUCGGCUUAACUUACACAAUUCUCUGUUUAAAGCUCUUUUGGGGAAGACAUCGAGCGAGAGUAAACAAUUUCUGAAACAGGCUGAAUUUAUAUAUCAGAACUUGACUUCCUCUGGAUUGGAAAUACACAGAGAUAUUUUCGGGGGUCUUAUAUGGCUUCACAGUUAUCAAGAUGUGGUCGAUAUGGAAAGAAUCGCUGCACUAAGAGCAGAAAUGCGGUCUAGAGGAAUUAAAGAGAGCAAAGAGGUACUUGUGUCAGUUUUAAGAGCUUGCUCGAAGGAUGGAAAUGUGGAGGAAGCCGAAAGAACUUGGUCAAAACUUCUCUCCAUCGAUGGCAGUCCUCCUUCUCAAGCUUUUGUCUAUCGUAUGGAAGUAUAUGCAAAGAUUGGAGAACCUACAAAAUCUUUGAAAGUAUUUAGGAGGAUGCAGGAACAACUGGGUUCCACCUCCGUUGCAGCAUACCAUAAAAUAAUAAAGGUGCUGUCUAAAUAUCAAAAACUAGACCUUGCAGAUUCUAUCAUGUCCGAGUUCAUAAACAGUGGUAUGAAACAGCUGGUCCCAUCAUUCAUCGAUUUGAUGAGGAUGUACUCCGUUGCAGGUUUACAUGAGAAACUGGAAUCUACCUUUCUCUGGUACCGUGAAGUCUGCCAUCCGAAUCUGACAGUUUUUAAUAUUUAUUUGGAUUUGUUGGUGAAUACUGGCAAUCUGAGCCUGGCUGAAGAAAUCUUCCAUGAAAUGCGUGGGAAUGUGGCAAUUGGUGUUGAUUCUCGUGCUUGCAACAGUAUCUUGAGAGGCUAUAUGACCUCUGCAGAGUAUGUGAAGGCAGUAAAGAUAUACAAUUUGAUGCGCCAAAAGAAAUACGACGUUGAGAUUGAAUCUUCAUUGAUGGAAAGACUUGAUUAUGUUCUUAGCUUGCGGGAGAAAGUAGUUGAAAAACCUAUUAGGCUGAAGCUCACAGCAGAGCAACGAGAGGUUUUGACAGGGUUGCUUCUUGGGGGUGUGCAAAUUAGAUCAGAUGGAGAGAGAAGAUUGCAUGCAAUCCAUUAUGAAUUUAAUGAAGAGUCGAGGAUCCAUUCCAUUUUUAAGAGACACAUACAUGAUGAAUUUCACGAGUGGUUAGGCUCUCAUGAUAUGAUGGUGGAUAGCACUGCGGACAUUCCUAGUUCUUUUACUACCAUUUCACAUUCUGAUUUUACUUUCUAUGCUAAUCAGUUCUGGCCCAAUGGACGUCCUUGUAUACCAAAACUUAUACAUAGAUGGUUGUCACCUCGCGUUCUUGCUUACUGGUAUAUGUACGGUGGUUACCGGACAUCAUCUGGUGAUAUUCUGUUGAGAGUAAAGGGAAGUUCAGAGGGUGUUGUGAGUAUUCUUAAAGCACUGAAAGCCAAAUCGUUACACUGCCGAGUAAAAAAUAGAGGGAGGGUCUUUUGGAUAGGAUUUCUGGGGGACAAUGCUACAUUUUUCUGGAAGAUGGUAGAGCCCUUCAUUCUUGAUGAGUUAAAGGGACUCCUUAAAGCAGGUGGCGACUCAAAUGGAUCCCUGGAAAUCCAAUGUAUCAAUUUUGACAGCGAAUCAGAGUCUGACGAGAAGAAAUCAGGUUACAGCGAACCUGACACGUCCUUGUCUGAUUGAUGCAUUGGUCUGUAUGCCUUCUAUUGCAAGGUGUAAAAUUAUUUGAGAUUAAUAACGUUGCUGCAAAAGUUUUUGGCUGAUAACGUGACAGAAGUGCCUUCUGAUAGGUAUAAUUACCUCAACAUUAUCUUUUGUGAUGUGUCUACUGUAGGUUUAAAACCAUAUAUGUAAACUAGCUCUAGACCUUGUACAUUCCUCUGGUACAUAGCACAUUCUUCGAGAUCGUCCAUAAGUUGAAAGCAUGGAUUUAAGUAGGGUAGAACAUGUCUCGGUACACAACUUUAAUCACCUUUGAUUCCCAUAAGUAGUACACAACUCUAAUCACUCUGUUUCAUGUUGAUGCUACAUGAAAAUACUACUCUCUUUCCAACCUUUAAUCCUCAGUUUCUCAUUCGAACAACAGUAAUGAUCCGUUAAUUUGUAGAUGGCAGGACUUGUGGUUCAUUCACAGUCAGCUCUGUUACAAGAUGCUACUCACAGCCCACAGAUUUGACAGAUGUUCCUAUAUUUGUUGGGAUUGAAGUGGGCUAUGCCAAGAACAGCUGCUGAUUUUGUUUCAUCCUCGAUCGAUAUGACAUCACUUUCUUAGUGCUGGUGUUUUUGACAUCAAUAAUACUUGCAUAUUAGUUUUCCUCCUCCUUGCCUUUGUGUUCAAAAUCACAAGUUUGAGAUUGAAUAAAAUGCUAAAAUGCUAAAACACACUUGUGGGGUUGUGUACACUGAUUUGCUGUAGAUAUUACUGUUGCUUAGGACUAUGUAUUGUGGAGAUUGUUGUGUUAAGUACCAACAAAAUGUUUAGUGCUGAUUGCUAAACAUUUUACUUACGAGCUCGUGUAGUACUCACUGCUUGCUUGUAAUACAACUAUUGAUUUCAAGUUCGAUUAAAGGUGAAGUAUUACGUAGGCUGACAGUCAGUGUAAAACUAACCGAUUUUGGUGAAAAAGUAUGGUAAUUUUUAUGUUCUUUAAA